AUGGAUGGUUUCCACUGUUCCUUGAUCGAGUUCAUGCUUCAUAAGACCGAGAGGCUUCAUUCUCUGGUAGAUCUCCGUUUCAGAGUAAAUUAGGGUCAAUUGGUGUUGGAAAAAUCCUCUCUUUUCUGGGCUAAUACUUGCUUUGUUCAACUCAGGUUGGUAGAUAUAAUAGCCCGGAUGAGCAUCCCUUCUUCAAGGAAGAUCUGCCCGAGCCCAUCUUGCCACCUAUUCAGUAUCCAAAUGUAAAUUUCUUGUGAAGGAAGACCAGUGGAGCAUUGAAUGUUCUUCCCUCGCAUGAUGCCAACGAUAUUCAUGAACUAUAUUGGAAAAAAUAUGAACUAUAUUAGAGAUUACAAGGGUAUCAACUAUAUUUUUAGGAACCCAGUCACGGAUAUGUAUUUCUUGGCGUAUAACAUUAUUGGACAAUUAAUGCACUGGGUUCGUGAAACUAGAGUUGAUGAUCAAUAAGGUCUUAAACAUAAUUUAAUUUAAUUUUUUAAUAUUGAGCUUUUCAUGUUUCUUUAUAUUAUCUGUUAAUCGACCAUACAUUAUUAAUACAUUUAUUUAGUUAAACAAUACAUUAACAGAAAAAAAUGAUUUUAGUUGAUAUCUUAUUUUCAAUUAAACUCUGAUUCAUACCCUUUUUUCUUUAUACUGAACUAGAGUUGAUGAUCAAUAAGGUCUUAAAAAUAAUUUUAUUUUAUUUUUAAUAUUGUGGUUUUCAUGUUUCGUUAUAUUAUCUGUUAAUUGACAAUGCAUUAUUAAUAAAAUUAUUUAGUUAAACAAGACAUUACCAGAAAAAAAUAUUUUAAUUGAUAUAUAUUUUUCAAUUAAACUCUGAUUCAUACCCUUUUUUCUGUCUUCUUCCUUCAAACUGACUGACCUUGCAUUCGUGACGAUGGAACCAGGUUCUGCAUCCGAUUGCUGAUUCCAUAAACAUAAACAGGAAGAUCUGGGACAUGUACUUCACGGACCUUCUCCCCAGAUUUGCCAAAAAGGGGAGUGAUGGUAAUUGCGGGUCCAGCGCUGUUUGUGACACUAUCUGCUUGCAGGUGAGCAUUUCUUAUUUUAGCAUGAACCCUAUGAUUUUUUAUUUUUUUAUUUUUUUAUUUUUUUAUUUUUUUAUUUUUUUAUUUUGUGUGGAUUUUUCUGCCCAGAUCAUCUGAAAGUUCCUAAUAUGGGUACAAAAAAGUUUAGUUUUUUCCUGAAAUAGUCAGAAUCUAACGGCAGCUUUCUGAUGAAGGCGCUUUCCAAGAGGAUCCACUAUGGAAAGUUCGUCGCAGAAGCUAAGUUCCAGGCCACCCCGGACACCUACGUAGCUGCGAUCAGAGCCCAGGUAACCACCGCCGCCGACAUUUGACUUUGAGAUCACGACCCCAUUCAAUAUGGUUUUGACGCCAGAUUCGGCUCAUCUUGCAGGAUAGGGACCGGAUAAUGCGUCUGCUGACGUAUGAAAUUGUUGAGUCCAAGGUCAAAGAGAGGGUGGAGACGAAGGCGAAAAUCUAUGGCCAGGAGAUCCAUGAGGAGGGCGACUGUAAGCCCCCGGUGUACAAGAUUAAGGCAGGAUUGGUGGCCGAUCUCUAUGGAGACUGGAUAAUGCCGUUGACCAAGGAGGUCCAGGUGGAGUACCUGCUGAGGAGACUAGACUGA